AAUUUAUAUUUUCAGAAACUCGAGUUAUCCUCCUCCACCGUUAAACUUGGGCUUACUUGCCGUUGCCGGUGCACUGGAAAUGGCGGAGAUCAAGGCCCAGGCCUCUCCCCACGUUCACGAGCACCCUCUCGUCAUGCCGGAGGCCGACGUCUCCGGUGACAAGCCCCGCAAACCGAAGCGCGUUGCUUCUCUCGACAUCUUCAGAGGCCUCACCGUCGCGCUGAUGGUUUUGGUGGAUGAUGCCGGAGGAGAAUGGCCUAUGAUUGGACAUGCGCCGUGGAAUGGUUGCAACCUUGCUGAUUUUGUGAUGCCUUUCUUUCUUUUUAUUGUGGGAAUGGCCAUUCCGCUUGCUCUUAAGAGAAUCCCUGAUCGGUUUGAAGCCAUUAAGAAGGUGAUACUACGGACUCUCAAGCUCCUCUUCUGGGGUCUACUGCUGCAAGGAGGUUACUCACAUGACCUUGACAAACUAUCAUAUGGCGUUGAUAUGAAAAUGAUAAGGUGGUGCGGCAUUCUCCAGAGAAUAGCUCUUGCAUAUUUGGUGGUGGCACUGGUUGAGAUUUUUACAAAAAGUCCACAAUUUAAUGAUGAAAUAUCCAGCUCGUUCUCAAUCUUCAGAAAGUAUUGUUGGCACUGGUUGUUUGGAGCAUCUGUUGUUACUGUUUACUUGGCUAUUCUUUAUGGGAUACAUGUUCCUGAUUGGCAAUUUGCAGUCCAGGACAAAGAUAAGCCCAACUAUGGGAAGGUUUUCAGAGUUACUUGUGGCACAAGAGGAAACUUAGAUCCUCCAUGUAAUGCGGUAGGAUACAUUGAUAGAGAAGUUCUUGGAAUUAAUCACAUGUAUCAGCAUCCAGCUUGGAAGAGAUCAAAGGAUUGCAAUGUGAAUUCUCCAUAUGAGGGAGUGAUGCGGAAUGAUGCUCCAGCAUGGUGUUAUGCACCUUUUGAACCUGAAGGAGUUCUGAGUUCAAUAUCUGCCAUUCUCUCCACAAUAAUCGGAGUGCACUGCGGUCAUGUGCUCUUGCACUUCGAGAAUCAUUCAACCAGACUGAAGCACUGGGUUCUCAUGGGUCUUUCUUUGCUUAUUUUGGGAAUAAUUUUGCAUUUCACCAAUGCAAUCCCGUUAAAUAAGCAGUUAUAUACACUCAGCUAUGUCUGCGUAACAGCUGGUGCUGCAGCGAUGGUAUUCUCAGCCUUCUAUGUCCUGGUUGAUGUAUGGGGUCUGCUUUUCCCAUUUCUUCCCUUGAAAUGGAUUGGCAUGAAUGCAAUGAUAGUGUAUGUGAUGGCAGCAGAAGGCAUAUUUGCAGCAUUCAUUAAUGGGUGGUAUUAUAAUGACCCCCACAAUAACCUGAUAUAUUGGAUUCAAAAGCACGUCUUCAUUGGAGUUUGGCACUCAAAAAGAGUAGGAAUUCUUCUUUACGUCAUCUUUGCGGAGAUUCUUUUCUGGGGUGUUGUUGCUGGCAUUUUGCAUUGGCUAGGCAUAUAUUGGAAGCUGUGAUUUCCAUACGACCCGACCCACAACCUAGUUGGCCUGUCACUGCAGAAUGCAGGUACAAUUCUUAUAUGAAGAUUCUGGCCCCUCCUUCAUUCUAAGCAUUGGUUUUAGUUGCUUCGGCUGCCGCCAAUCUUAGCAGCGCUAGUCUCAGCUGAGUAUGCCCCGUUGAUGAACCUGCUUUUCUGUUAUAGAACCCACGUUCUCAAGAGCUUUCAUGAUCCAUUCUAUGCAAGGAUCUAUCCCCAAGGGUACUGGAUAUGCUUUCUCAAGUUCCAGAAAAGAAAUCUCAGGCAUUCCAAUAUACAACAACACCACAGCUGGUCA